UUCAAGAUGGAGGAAGAUGAACUGAGUGAAAGAGAACUGUUUGUCGCUUCUAUUAUGAGCAGAGUUAGAGACUUGAAAAGCAAAUAUAAAAAUGAGGACACCGUUACAGAUGAGCUUAAUUUUACCAAAGUAUCAGCUGAUACAACAGAUAAUUCUGGAACUGUUAAUCAGAUUAUGAUGACUGCAAAUCAUCCUGAAGAUUGGUUGAGUUUUUUACUUAAACUGGAAAAAAAGGAUAUUCCUCAGACUGACAUUGACUUAUUGAAUAGAUUAAUUGGCCGUUACAGUCAAGCAAUUGCAGCAUUGUCUGCAGAACAGCAUAGCCAGGAUGAAAGUUAUGCUCGCAUCCUGGUGAGAUUUGCAGAAUUGAAAGCUAUUCAAGACCCAGAAGAGGCACGUGACCAGUUUCAUCUUGCUAGACUGAACUGCAAGAAAUUUGCUUUUGUGCAUGUAGCUUUUGCCCAGUUUGAACUCUCACAAGGAAAUAUUAAAAAGUGUAAACAGCUCCUUGAAAAAGCUGUAGAAUGCUUGGCAGUUCCCCCAGAAAUGUUGGAAAUUGCUCUGAAAAACUUAAGUUUGCAAAAAAAGCAGCUGCUCUCGGAAGAAGAGAAAGAGAAUUUGGCAGCACCAUGUUCACAAAACAUACCUGGAAGUUUCCUGAAUAGGAAGAAAACCAUUGAUUCUGGGGAGAUCAUUGGCAGUGGCCCCAAUGUUUGUCUGGGGCAGAAACAUGAGUCUCCUCAGCAGGCUGAAUUUGUCCUGGGUGAACGCAAACCCUUGAAGCUAUUAAACCAAUCUAACCAGAUGUGUCCUUUUGGGAGAGUUCCUAUUGGAUUAGUAAAUGAUGAUGAAGAUGAUGAUGAUGAUACAGAUGAUUCAGUGAAGACAGAUAUUUCUUACAUGACUAAUGUCAUAAAGAGGCAAAUACCAGUUUCCAAAGACACCAAUUUGAUCAACUCACCUCUGCAUGAAUCAAAACCUAAUAGGAAGGCUUUGUAUUAUCCAGAAGGCCUGAAGCCUUUGUCAAGCAGGAAGCCUACAGAACUACAAGUGUUGGAUGAAGAGAACUCAGAAGUGUCUACAAAUUCAAGCAUAACCUUAAAAAAUAAACAUGAUUCCAGUUAUGCUGCUAAAAUAAAAGAAACUGAAAUACACCAUGAAGGGCUAAGAAGCAUAGAGUCAGACAGUCUGGAAAAGCAACGGCAGCGUUCUCUUCCUUUCGAAAAUACCUCAAAAGAAAAUGAACAGUCUAUAAUAAGGUGUCCUCCUGAAACUAAACGGAGUCAUCUUGAAGAUAUGCAAAAGAGGAACUUGGAGGAGAAAAACCCAGGUUUUGAACAGUCCGUUCUUCAAGUUUCCAGAAGAUUUUCACCACCAGAGACUACUUCAAGGAGAAACAGUCAGGCAUUUCUCGGCACUACACCAUGCAACAACACAUCGAACAGUUACAUGGCCUGUUUCAGCACUCCUGUCGUAAAUAAUGAUUUUCUUCUGGGGACAAAGGUGAUCACACCUUACAACCAGUUUUCUUAUUGUCAUCCUUGUACUCCAACAACUCCAUUCCAAGCACGAAGUUGUUUACCGGUUUCAGCUUCUGCUCCUUCCAAUGAAUGCAUUUUUAUUAAAGGAAAAUGGUAUUCUGUCUUGAAACAAAUUGGCAGUGGAGGGUCAAGUAAGGUAUUCCAGGUACUUGAUGAAAAUAAGCACCUUUGUGCCAUCAAAUAUGUGAAUCUGGAAGAUGCGGAUCAGCAGACUAUAGAAAGUUAUAAAAACGAGAUUGUUCAUUUAAAUAAGCUUCAACAACACAGUGAUAAAAUUAUUCGACUUUAUGACUAUGAAAUAAAUGAGAAGAGUAUCUACAUGGUGAUGGAGUGUGGAAAUAUUGAUCUUAGUAGCUGGCUUAAAAAGAAAAAAACAAUUAACCCAUGGGAGAGGAAGAGCUACUGGAAAAAUAUGUUGGAAGCUGUCCAUACCAUCCAUCAACACGGUAUUGUUCAUAGUGAUCUGAAACCAGCAAACUUUCUGCUAGUGGAUGGAAUGCUAAAAUUAAUAGAUUUUGGCAUUGCAAACCAAAUGCAACCAGAUGUGACUAGCAUUCUGAAAGAUUCACAGGUUGGCACAGUUAACUAUAUGUCACCAGAGGCAAUCAAAGAUAUGUCAUCUUGUGCAGAAAAUGGAAAACCAAGAUCAAAGAUCUGCCCCAAAAAUGAUGUGUGGUCAUUGGGAUGCAUUUUAUUUUGUAUGACGUACGGGAGAACUCCAUUUCAACACAUAACAAAUCAUAUCACAAAACUUCAUGCCAUAAUUGAUCCUAGUUAUAAAAUAGUGUUUCCUGACAUUGCGGAAAAAGAUCUCCAGGAUGUCUUAAAGCGCUGUUUAGUAAGGGAUCCUAAACAAAGAAUAUCAGUCUCUGAAUUGUUGAUUCAUCCUUAUGUGCAUAUUCAAGCCAAUUCACAAACAGGGGAUACAAAAGGAACAACAGAGGAAAUGAAACGUAUUCUUGGUCAUCUUAUUGGCCUGAACUCUCCUAACUCCAUUAGUAGAGCUGCUAGGACUUUGUAUGAACAGUGCAGCAAUGGCGAAGGUUUGGAUGUAUCUGCUUUUGCAAACUCUGGUAAAUCGUGGAGCUCAAAGUGAUAUGUAAAUUGUAGCUUUGAAAUAACGCAGUGAAA